GAAUGUCUAAGUGGUUAGAUUUAAGCCUAACUUGUACCCAAUUAAACUUCAAUUAAAGUGUUGCCAACACAUGCAGCAAUCGUAUGAAUCUACAAUCUUAACUCAAUAGGUAAUCCCAUGAAUCUGAUUGUGGAUCUUUACAAGAAUUCACGUUAUGGACAAUUGUAUUUAGGAAAUAUCAAUGCAGCCAAUGAUAUUAAAUAUUUACGAGAACAUUCUAUCAAUGCCAUUGUUGCUGUCAUUGAUACAAGUGAAAUCAGAGUUGAUCCAUCAAUGAAAAGAUUAGUAUAAAAUCCUAUUAUACUUAGUGGAUAAUGGCUGAAGAUGCAGUCAAUUUUGAUCUCUAUCGUUAUUUUGAUGAAUGUGCAAACUUCAUAAGAGAUCAUAUUAAGAAUACUAAUGUAUUCGUACAUUGUUAUGCUGGUAUCUCUAGAUCUGCCUCAAUUGUCAUAGCAUAUAUGAUUAAACAUUUAGGUUACUCUCUUAAAGAGGCACUUAAAAAAGUCAAAGGAGCAAGAUCAAUUGUUGAGCCAAAUUCAGGUAUUGAUCAUAAUAUAUAUAUAAUAAAGGUUUCAUGAAACAAUUAUAAGAUUAUGAAUACAAAUAGAAUCUUAAUUCACAUUAAGGAACAAGAAAUGGAACAUCUUUUCAUUCUAACCCAAGAGGAUCAGUUACAUCUGCAAGUAAAGGAUCUUUGCACAGUGCAAAACCGUCAUUUUUAGAUAGAAUGUCAUCUGGACAAAAAGAGAUUAAACGUGAUUCUGAAAGUCCAUCUGUAAGUUAAUUUUAUGUAAAUGGGACUGCUAAACAAACUAAUAAUAAUAAUAAUCCUAAGAGUUUUUUUAAAUAAGGAAGUAUGGGAAGUCUCUUAAAAUAAACUAAUAAUGAUGAUUUUUUUAGAAGAUAUUAAAAGUAAAAGAAUGUAGAAAAUAUUUGGAAUUAAGGAAUGAGUGGUCAUCAUAAAUCAGCUAUUGAAAUAAAAUCAGAUAAAAUUGAAUAAGUGAAAUUGACUCUUUAAACAUUUGGUGUCAAAAAUGUAUUUAGUGGAUCAAAUAAUAAUGGGUUACAUUUUCAUCACAAAGGAUUAUCUUAAGGAUGA